AUGGAAACGAAUUGAGUUGAGGACUGAACGGGCAUUCAAUCCAAUGAUUGAUUAAAUCAAAUGGUUUUUUGCGUUUAGUUUUGAUUUUGUAAAACAAUUUAUUUUUGGUUCAAUCGAUCGCUCAUUGAUAUCAUGGACGUGUUUCUGAUGAUCAGACGGAAGAAGAUGACGGUCUUCUUGGACGCCAAAGAGACCACUUCUGUGAUCGACUUGAAGAGAAUGAUCGCCGGAAUUACGAAAACACUUCCAGAGAAUCAAAGACUGUUCAAAGACGAGGAGGUGAUGGACGACAGGAAGUCGUUGACCGACUAUAAUCUGAACCCAACGACAGCCAAAGCACAGUCGCCGGCGACCAUUGGCCUCUCCUUCAGAGACGAGAACGGCAGGUUUGAGAUGCUUGAGAUCACAUCCCUGUCCACACCUCCAGAACUGCCAGACGUUAUGAAAUCACCAGAAACUCAAUGUCAAACUCACGAUCAAAGUGUCAAUUGAUUGGUUCCAUCGCAACACCAGAUGAAGAAGAAGUAGUAGAAAAGCAGACAAUUUAUGUGUCAAUAUAUUUAGCAUUACUUAUGAAAUCGUUUAAUCCUUUCGAUUAAUGCCUACUAUUUUCAUCAUUAAUUCUAACGACACUUUUAUUAUAAAAAACACAC